AUGAAAUCUAGCGAUCUUCCUGGGUUUGAUGAGCACCCAGAAUCCAUUUACAAGAUGAUAGAAUCCAUGGGGAUAUCCAAUGCUAUCCCGGGAAAGGAAUUGAUAGAAACAAUAUUGGAAUCGAAAGAGUUUAAGAACUACAUCUCCCUCAAUGGAAAAAAGGGCACAGAAUAUUGA